GGUGCCGCUGCCGCGCCCCAUGGCGACCCAGGAACCCGACCUGACGCCGCGGCUCUCUCCACUGCGAGCCGGCGCGCCCCCGACUUCCGCUUCCGCCUGCCGCCUCGGGUGCGCGCACGCGCACGUUCGCUGGCCUGCCCGCGAGCCGCGGGGAGGCGGGCCUUUCCGCUCGCCCCAGACGCUGGGCGCAGAUUGGGCCGCGCCCACUGAGACGGUGGGUACCAACCUAACAGACAUCGUGGCUCAGAGAAGGAUCACCAUCCGAGAGCUGGGGGGGUGCAUGGGCCCCAUCUGGUCCAGUUACUAUGGAAACUGUCAUUCUCUCCUGUUCAUGGUGGAUGCCUCUAACCCCACCCAGCUCUCUGCAUCCUGUGUGCAGCUCCUGGGUCUCCUUUCGGCAGAACAACUUGCAGAAGCAUCGGUUCUGAUUCUCUUCAAUAAAAUUGACCUGCCCUGUUACAUGACCAUAGAAGAGAUAAAGUCGUUAAUCAGGCUCCCGGACCUCAUUGCUGGUGCCAAGCAGAACAUCACCACGGUAGAAAUCAGUGCCUGGAAAGGCACUGGCUUGUCAGAAGUGCUGCGCUGGCUCGAGGACACCCACAGAACGAAUGGUUGACUGCAGGGCAGAGAAGCAUGGCUGGCCCGCUCUGUGGCAAGAAGGCAGAAGCAGCACUGCUUGGCCUCUGGCCAUCUGCUGCUUUUAUAAGGGCAGGAUAAGCCCUAGAAGAUGGGGUUCUGUGCUGAGUUGCAGUGAUAGGUAAACUGAGGCACCCAGGUUAUAGAAUUCCUGACAUCUGCCCUCUGGCUCCAGCACUGGGAGAGGAGGACAGGCCUGCCAGGUGGCUUGUGUCCUACGCCAUCCUGAGAUGGUUCUAGGGGAUUUGUUCCCCUCCCCCCAGGAGAGCUGCUCUCUCAACUCUGACACAAGCUCCAACCUGUUGAGUUUCUGAUACCUUGACAAUAUAAGGAAGCUUGUGGGAAAACACCUAUUGCUUGGUGCAUUUGUUUCCUAGGGCCUCUGUAACAAAUCGCCACAAAUGGCUUGCAGCAGCAUAAACUUAACGUUCACGGUGCUGGAAGCCAGAAGUGUGGAGGCUCUGAGGGAGAAUCCGUUCCCUGCUUCUAGUGGCUGCUGGUGCCGCUUGGUGUUGUUGGCUUGUGUCUCGCAGAACUUGAAUCUCUGCCUCUGUCUUCACGUGGUGGUCUCUCCUUUUUUUAUAAGGAGGAUGUAGGGCCCACCCUAAAUCCAAGGUGAUUUCAUCUCAAGAUCCACAGUUACAUGUGCAAAGAUCCUUUUUCCAAAGGUCACCUUUGCACGUUCCGGGGGUUACAACUUGGACGUAUCUUUUGGGGCCACUAUUAAACCUACUGCAGUCUGGUAAGAAACCCUCUGCUUCUG